AUGACUCAACAAUCCUUUAUCCGCAACUCCAUCCCCUUACCUAGGCACACCUACGAAGGCGAAGAGUACUUUUGCCGUUUCACCCCACGCAUCCACCGAGAUGCACGUCUUUCAGAUGCCGGUUCCUGGCAAUGUCAGGUCGACUUCCUCAAAUCGAGCAACGAUGCGCGGGCAGCCGCGGACCGGAACAAAGAUGUUCAUAGCUAUGCUGUAGGCUGUAUCAAUCCCGUGGUAGGCAAUUUCACUGCCCUGUGUGCGUGUGAGGCUCUGAGCGGCAGGCUUGCCCUUACAACGUACAUGGUUGAAUACGCCUACAUACACGACGAUGUUAUCGAAUAUUCCGACAAGAAGGAUGAGUCUCAUCUUCAAAAAGCCAACGAACAGCUGAUGGAGGGUCUGACCUUGGCAGGUGACACAAGCCAUGGUCCCAAGUCAAAGGACCACGUCCAGCGACGCCAACUGCAGGCUAAGAUGGUCAUGGAACUCAUGGAGGUCGACAAAGAACAGGCAAAAGAAACACUGCGUCUCUGGAAGGAGAUGUCUGCGGUUUUCGUCCAGAUCAGAGACAUGAAGUUCACCGUCCUGGAAGACUAUCUCAAGUUCCGUGUUGUCGACGCCGGAUGCCCGUGGACCAUGAGUCUCCUCUGCUUUUCCAUGGACUUCAAACUCACACCCGAAGAAGAGAAGCAGACAUCGGCCAUCACCUCAGCUGCCUAUGACAGCUGGGUCCUUGUCAACGACUACUUCUCUUGGGAGAAGGAGUGGAGCAACUACCAAUCCAACGGAGCCACCGGCGUGAUAGCGAACUCCGUCUUUCUCUUCAUGAAGUGGCACUCGAUCGAGAAGGAAGAUGGCAAGAAGAUGCUCCGCAAGGAGAUCAUAUCACGUGAGGAGAAGUACUGCAGCUUGAAGGACAAAUUCCUUGCCAAGGGUGCUGCUACCGAGAAGACGCGUCAAUGGUUGGAAUUGCUCGACCUCGUGACGGCGGGUAAUUUCGCUUGGAGCAUGACGACAGCACGAUAUCGAGCUGGCGCCCCGGACGUAUAUCCGGCUCUGUGGAAACAUUAUGCUGACAAGAAAAGUGACACCGAAAGCCUUGGGAGACCCAUUUCAGUCAACGCCAAAGACACUGCUGAUGACAUUGAUGUUGUCCUUCACGAUCGUAAAUAUCUCGACCUUUCCACUCAAGAUGUCACGUCGGAGAGUCGCGAAUGGAAGACCAGCGAAAACCGACCCGGUGUCCUCAACAACAACAAUGACCUCCAGAAAUCUCAGCUUGGCGAAACGUGGUCAAUUCGUCAAUACGAGGAUAUGAUUCUUCAACCCCAGAAAUACUUGGAAAUGAUGCCUUCCAAAGGUUUCCGGAACGCUGUCAUAGACGGAUUAGAAGUCUGGUAUCAGGUGCCUGAGAAACCUCUCGCAAUCAUUCGAGACCUUGUGAAUCAUUUGCACAGCGCCUCCCUCAUGUUCGACGACAUCGAGGACAAUUCCCCCCUUAGACGAGGAUAUCCGGCUACUCAUGUUGUUUUCGGAGUCAAUCAGACUAUCAAUUCAGCUAGCUUACUCAUGCUCAAGGCCUUGAAGGCCGCGGAGUCUCUCUCGUCCCGAGCGUCUCGCAUGCUUUUGGAUUUGCUCAUCGAGGGGCACAUCGGUCAAGGCAUGGAUCUGUACUGGACUUACCAUACUUCUGUGCCCACGGAAGAAGAGUACUUUACCAUGGUGGACGGCAAAACUGGCAGUCUCUUUACUCUUCUGGCGGGGCUGAUGCGCUCCGAAGCGACUACACAUCGCGAUCUCGAUGUCAGUCUCCUGAUGAAACUUGUCGGUCGUUUCUUUCAAGCACGAGAUGACUACCAAAAUCUUUGUUGUGACGAGUAUACGGACAAGAAGGGUUUUGCUGAAGAUAUCGGCGAGGGCAAGAUAUCGCUUCCACUUAUUCACGUCCUCGCCACCAAGUCACCUCAGCAGGGCCGCCUUCUGAGCAUACUCCAGCAGCGCAAGUGCGGUAAUGGACUGUGUCCCGAAGUUCGUAAGCUCGCCCUGAAGGACAUGAUCGCUGCUGGAGGGAUGGAGUAUGCUAAGAAGACAGCUCUUGGAUUACAGGAAUCUGUCAAUGAAACGCUCUCGAUGUAUGAGAGUAAGGUCGGGCAGAAGAAUUGGCUCUUGAGGUUGGCGCAGAAAAAGUUAGAGAUUGAAGAUUAG